AUGAGGGAAGAAACUUAAGAAAAUGUGGAACUUGGUCAUCGGAUUUGUCGCCUGGGCUUUUUUAGCAGUGGUGGCUAUCAUCAUAGGCUGGAUGAUCACCCGCAAUACUAAGCUUCCUUCUCCACCGCCGCCUCUACCACGGCCACCACAGCCACUGCAGCUCCAGACGCCUGUGUAUAGAACCAAAGAUGGAGAUCUUGUCAUUCUGACAGGCACUGGCACUGCCAUAUCAGUUGCUGGAGCCGUUAUCUAUGGUAGUUCUUGUGGUUGUGGAGGUGGAGGUGGUGGUUGUGGGGGAGGGGGAGGAAGUGGUGGUUGUGGAGGAGGUGGUGGUUGUGGGGGAGGAGGAGGAGGUGGUGGUGGUGGUGGUUGUGGAGGAGGGGGAGGAGGUGGCGGUUGUGGAGAUGGUGGUGGUGGAGGCGGAUGCGGAGGUGAUUAAGUAUCUUGAUUGCCAACAGGAUGAACAAUUUACUCAUGUUUUGUAAAGUUAGAUGUUUUACUUGUUUCUUUCUUGUUUUGUGGAUUGACUUGGUUUUCUGUUCUUUUCUUGCCUGUUAGUUCCUUUUGCAUAUUAUCUGAAGUGCACCAGAUGGGUGACAUUGACAUAGAAUGAUGGAUGAUGCAAGAUUUUAUUGUUGUUACAA